AUGAAUCUUCACGUCAUUUCUGCUAAAGAAAAACUGGCAAAGCGGCGGGGCAUUUCCUCCCAGCGGACGGAAGGGCAGCGCUUUCGCCCAACCAAGAAGCCCUGCUAUCCCGGCUUCUCAACCUGGCUUCCGGUUUUCUCCCCGCCUAUUCCGUUUCCGGCCGUUCCCAGGCCUCUUAUCGUCUGCCUUGGUGGUCCGCAAGCUGGCAAAGAAGGGAAAGUGGCCCAGAGGCUAAGUUCUAUGGCCGGCGCAGGAUCUGUGAAGGCGGCGUUGCCGGUGACCGAGGCGCUGGAAGCCAUCGUGAGCUGCUGUGUGGGGCCCGAAGGGCGGCAGGUUUUGUGUACGAAGCCCACUGGCGAGGUGCUGCUCAGCCGGAAUGGAGGCCGCCUCCUGGAGGCGCUACACUUAGAGCAUCCCAUAGCCAGGAUGAUAGUGGACUGUGUUUCCAGUCAUCUCAAAAAAACAGGAGAUGGUGCAAAAACAUUUAUUAUCUAUCUUUGCCAGUUACUUAGAGGACUUCAUGCAAUCGCAGAGAGAGAAAAGGAUUCUUUGAUGUGUGAAAACAUUCAAACGUAUGGAAGGCAUUGGAAAAAUUGUUGUCAGUGGAAAUUUAUUUCCCAGGCUCUCCUAACGUUUCAGACACAAGUAUUAGAUGGUAUUAUGGACCAGUACCUAAGCAGACACUUUUUGUCUAUCUUUUCAUCUGCUAAAGAGAGGACAUUGUGUAGGAGCUCUUUAAUGUUGCUCUUAGAAGCAUACUUUUGUGGAAGAGUGGGAAGAAAUAAUCACAAAUUUAUUUCACAGUUGAUGUGUGACUACUUUUUCAAGUGUAUGACUUGUAAAAGUGGGAUUGAUGUAUUUGAGUUAGUGGAUGACUGUUUUGUAGAGUUGAAUGUUGGUGUCACCGGCUUUCCUGUUUCAGAUUCCAGGAUCAUAGCUGGGCUUGUGCUUCAGAAAGAUUUUUCUAUGUACUGCCCAGCAGAUGGUGACAUACGAAUGGUGAUAGUAACAGAAACCAUUCAGCCUCUUUUUUCCACUUCUGGAUCAGAGUUUAUUCUAAAUUCAGAAGCACAGUUUCAAACAUCUCAAUUUUGGAUUAUAGAAAAGACAAAAGCAAUAAUGAAACAUCUACGUAGUCAGAAUGUAAAAUUGCUCCUAUCUAGUGUGAGACAACCAGAUUUAGUUAUUUAUUAUGCAGGAGUGAAUGGUAUAUCAGUGGUUGAGUGCUUAUCAUCAGAAGAAAUUUCUCUUAUCCAGAGGAUUAUUGGUCUUUCCCCAUUUGUACCACCACACGCCUUUUCACAGUGUGAAAUCUCUAACACUGCUCCGGUGAAAUUUUGUAAACCUCUUAUCCUUAGAUCAAGAAGAUAUGUUCAUCUUGGGUUGAUUAGCACAUGUACAUUUAUACCACACUGUAUAGUUCUUUGUGGACCAGUUCAGGGUCUCAUUGAACAACAUGAGGAUGCUUUACAUGGAGCAUUUAAAAUGCUUCGGCAAUUAUUUAAAGACCUUGAUCUAAAUUAUGUGACACAAACCAAUGACCAAAAUGACACUGCAAGUCUUUUUAUUUGUAAGAACAGUGGAGAAAGUUCUCAGGUACCAGAUGCUGGUAAUGGCUCACUACAAAAGCCUUAUCCGGACACAGUUGCAGAGAACAAAGAUGAAUUGGAAAAAACACAAACAUAUUUAAAAGCAUAUUCAAAUUUGGCAAUUUCAGAUGUAGAAUUAGAAACAUAUACUCCAUAUUCAACCCCCAAACUGACACCAGCAGAUACAUUCCGAACAGAUGAAAUGCUGAGAUGUUUGUCUUUGGAAGAAAACAGGCUAAUUGGUGAUUAUGAAGCAUUACUCAAGAGCAGUUCCACUGCUUAUUCAAUAAGAGGAAACAGUAGAAUAGAAAUUUGUUAUGAAAAUUUACAGGUCACAAAUAUUACUGGAAAGGGAGGCUUGUUACCAGUGAGCUGCAAGUUACAGAAUAUGGGUGCUUCCCAGAGUUACCUUUCCUCAUCUGUGCCAGCUGGUUGUGUUUUGCCAGUAGGUGGUAAUUUUGAGAUCUUGUUACAUUACUAUCUUCUCAACUAUGCCAAAAAAUGCCAUCAAUCAGAAGAAACCAUGGUUAGUAUGAUAAUAGCUAAUGCACUUUUAGGCAUUCCCAAAGUCCUUUAUAAAUCUAAAACAGGAAAGGACAGUUUUCCACAUAUGUAUAUAAGAGCUGUCCAUGCACUGCAAACCAAUCAACCCAUAGUAAGCAGUCAGACAGGUUUGGAAUCAGUAACUGGUAAAUGCCAGCUGCUAACUUCAGUUCUCCAGUGUUUGACAAAAAUAUUAACCAUUGACUUGGUAAUCCCUGUUAAGAGACACCCUCAGAAAGUUCACAGUCAAGAUUCUGAAGAUGAACUAUAACAUCGGAAGUUUUUAAUUAACCAAACUUUUCAUCUUAACUCAAGCCAAGUAAAGCAGGCAUGUGACCACUGAUUCUGAAGUCAGUUCAGUUUACUUAGGAAAAUACCAUAACUUUAAAAGUCUUUAGAAGAAGCACACUAAGGUCACCAGACGAGAUGCAAAUAUUACAUUACUUUAUGGGACAAAACUAGAGAGGAAGCCAAGAUUUGGCUAAGUGUGUCAGUUUUUUCCCUGUUUUAUUCUCUGUGUCUCAGCUCUAUGUUAGCCUAUAUGUUUAGAGGAGGGUGUUCCUUUCUUGCUCCUUUUUUAUUCUUCUGCAUCUUUUUCGCUCUAGCCCCCCUUCAUCUUUAUAUGUUUAGAAUCAUUUAAUCUCUGAUUUGGAUGGGCUUAGUCUAAUUGUCUGUAAUAUUGAAUAUGUUAUUUGCUUUAUUUAAUUUUCCUUACUCAUACUUUAUAAAGCAGUGAGUAAAAGACUCAUAUUUUUUUUUCAAAAAGCAUAAAAUUAAUUUUUACUUUUAUAUGGUCAUUGGUUUAUUGCCACUUCAUUUGGAAAACCUUGGAUAGAUUUUCACCUUCCAUAUACCUUUGGAUAUAUGUUAGUUAAAAUAUAACUAUGUAUUGUGAAUGCUUUCAUUUCUUUAAUAAAAGGUUAAUACUAGAAAGGAUAUACAAUUAAUACUUUCAUUUUCUCCUGACCCAAGAGCUUGUAAGGAUAUUUUAUGUAUUUACUGUUUUUUCUUAUAUUUGGUGAAAAGCCAGAGUUCCACAGUAACAAAUAAUUUGGCAAUUUAUAUUUCUAAUGUUUAUUUCUAAUUUAUUUCAUUUAAAAAUGUUCAUAUUUUAUUUUAAAAGCUUAUCAGUGUAAUACUAUGCAUUUUGCCAUGGACAAGGACAGUGUCUUCUACAUUUA